GAUUUAUUUAGUAUUUUGAAAUGGGAAAAUUGUAAGAAAUAGUAAUAUAGCUAGCUUGAAACCAGGUCGUCUAGUAGUUAUGCUUGCUGGCAGAUAAGCAGGAAAGAAGGCUAUUUUGAUUAAAGCAAAUGAAGAAUCAACUAAAGUAAAUCAAAAUUUGAUUUUUUUAGGAUGCAAAAUUCCCAAAUGGUUUAGUUGUUGGUAUUUAAAGAUAUCCAAGAAAAGUUACCAAGAGAAUGGGUUAAAAGUAAAUCAGAAAGCGAACUACUUUGAAAGUCUUCAUUAAAUAAUUAAAUCUUAAUCACAUUAUGCCAACAAGGUAUUAAUAAUAUUGAUUGUUUCUAGAUACAGAUUAGAAGAAUCCACCUUAAAGGAAGUCAGAGAUAGAAUUGAAAGAGUAAAAGAGGCAGAAUUGAAGAAUGUUGAAAAAAGAAAGGAAUUGAGAAAGAAUUUGAGAAAAUAUUUAGCUGAAAAAUAUAGAACAUUACCAGCAGGUAGUUUGGCUGACAAGAAGGCUCAAUCAAGAUUCCUUUUCUCAAAAUUGAGAUUCUGAUAUAUUACAUAAGUAUAAUAUAAAAUAAAGAAACGUAAAC